CUUCCAUUCAGGUGCGUCCGAGGAAUAGUCGUCUAAGAGACUAACUUCUAUAACGGCACAUGAUUUGGAUAUACUAUUGAAACAAUGCACCUCAGUCUUCUCCUGAUGCUGUGUUUGGGAGUCCACAUAUCAUCUUCAGACAUAUUGAAGCGACAAAAAAGAAACUGGAUCAUUGAUUCCUUUAGCAUUGACGAAGACUAUAAAGGAGUUUUCCCAUACACACUGGGCAUAAUUUCAGUCAGGAACGAGUUUGUCUCUUUCAAGAUACGUGGGCACGGUGCUGAUGAAGAACCCAAAGGCACAUUACAAAUCGACAAAAUCACAGGGGAGCUUACUGUCCAUGGCCCUGUUGACUAUGAGAAAUUCAAAGUUUUAAAACUAGUAUGUACGGCAUAUGACAAAGAAAAUCAUGUAAUAGACACAAACCUGGGCAUCGAGAUAACGAUUAAUGACGCAAAUGACAACCCUCCAAAAUUUGACCAUGACAUGUACAACAUCAGGAUACCGGAGGCAACAUCGCAAGGCACUGCAGUGAUUACCGUUAAGGCAAGCGAUGUUGACACCAAAGAGAACAAUAGAUUAUUUGAUUUUAAAAUAGUCUCAGAUCCUCCACCAUAUGACCAUGACCUGGAGUUCUACUUGACCCAGGUCUCUGAAACGGCAACCAUUUCAUUUAAAGGGUGUCUGAACCAUGAGAAAGCAGAGAAAUACACCAUUAUAGUGGAGGCCAAAGACCGUGGAGAAAAAAUACAGCUCUCCAGUUCCUGCACCGUCAUAAUCCACAUAGAAGAUGGAAAUAACCAUCUUCCCUUGAUAACAGGACAUACAGGUCUAGGAAGAGUGAAAGAAGGAGAGGAAAAUGUGCUUGUGUCACGUCUGCAAGUUACAGACAAAGAUAACAAAGGUACAGCGGCCUGGAGAGCCAAAUAUCGAAUCCAAGAAGAUGCAAACAACAACUUCAGAAUCACUACUGAUCCUGAGACAAACGAAGGCCUACUGUAUGUGGAAAAGCAUCUGGACUAUGAAGACAGUCCUCUGAAGAACGUGACUAUCAGUGUAGAGAAUGAGAUCCCCUCUGGCGUAUGCAAGGUGGUGAGGCGCCACACCACUGGUCUUUGGGAAGUGGUCACUAUUGACAGUGCCACUACUGGAGGUGCCACUAUUGGUGGUGCGACUGGGACAGAGACACACAGUCUGUCCACCUGCCUAGUGACAGUGAUUGUGGAGAAUGUCAAUGAGCCUCCGAUCUUUGACGUACCUAACAAAAAAGUUACGUUGGUUGAGAAUGUCAAGGUGGGUCACUACCUGGUGAAAUUUACAGCUAGAGAUCCUGACAUUACCAGUGCCAACACACUUGUAUACAGAAAAGGAAACGAUCCAGCUGAUUGGGUUACAGUGGACCCCAAGACUGGAAAAAUAACCACAUCAAAGAUCAUAGACCGGGAGUCAUCCUUUGUGAAAGACAAUAUAUAUAACGUCACAAUAUGUGCUGUUGACCAUGGUCAACCUCCAACGACAGGCACAGCAACCCUGCACAUCUAUAUUACCGAUGAGAACGACAAUGCUCCAUCCCUGGCUGUAAACACAGUUGACAUGUGCCAAUAUGAUGGACUCUCUCUGGCCAACAUCGUUGCCUCGGACCCGGAUGAAGAGCCCUAUGGUGGACCUCUCACCUUUGAGCUCCAGGAAAAAGAGAAGGGCAAGUGGAAGCUUGACACUAGACAAGAGUAUUCAGUCAACCUGGUGAAAGAGCCAACAGUUCCUUCUGGACAAUAUGAGUUGUUGCUGGAGGUGUUUGACCAUCAAGGCUUGAAAGCUGUACACAACCUGUCAGUUACUGUGUGUGACUGCGUAGACACAGCAACCCCAAACUGUCGCAUCCGCAAAGCUACUGGCUCCGCAGUAAAAGGAGGAGUCUUUGCAGUAAUUCUUUUUGCCAUGCUACUGCUUGCAGGUUUGUUUCUUUUGGCUUUUCUGGUGUCAUGUAAGAAAAAGAGCAUCGCAAUCCCAGAUGACGAUUCAGGACAACAACUCAUGAACUGUAACACUGAGAAACUGGGAACUGACUGCAAAGUGGUGUUUGAGCCACUAGACAAAGGACACAAUCAGAACGAGGAACAAAGCCAAACAAAGUCUCAAGUUGCGGUGAAGCGAUUUAUUGCUCAGUCAACAACGGAUGCGGUAGUGUCCCAGUCACAGCAGGCCAUGUCCCAAACUGAAAUCCUACAACAGCGAAGGGACUAUUUGUAUCAGUUGACCAGUGACUCAACAAUGGAACAAAACUUUUCACGUGGGAACUCUGUGCGUUGGUCAAUGGGUGCAUCAUCAACCACGAGAACGAGAAACCAGCACAGGAACUCUAUGCGUGGGGCUGGACACAGACAACAAUAUUCUGCAAAUCAAGAGAACGGUGUAAUCCAACGUACGAUUCUGCUCAAAUCACUUAAAAGGAUGCUGUACAAGCUGCAGGCACCAGGAGAGGAGCUGGGUGAUUAUGCUCCUCAUGUGUAUGCUGAGGAGGGAGACAUGAAGACCGAUUUUGAGCUUGAUGCCAUCUCCAUCCCUGAUAUCUCCUUUGACCCAGACUUGGACAUGGACCUGGGUUUCAAAUUCAAUACUCUGGCCUCAAUCUGCAUGUCUAGUGAAACACUGCCUACAGUACAAAACCUCCUCCCCAAAGACUAUCAGAGACAGCAACUCUGAUCCAAGAAAGCCUAUAACACUCAUAAGUUAAUCAUCCUAAAUCAUAAAUAUUACCUACAUAUGCUAUAAGGUGCUUGUGGAUAACCUUUGUGGUGACUCACAGCAAGUUAUGCUACAUUUGGCUACACUUGAAGGAUUCAUUUAUCUUCUCUAGACUCUUCAUCAGUCAAUGCUUAGUUAGCACCAGGGACACAGUUCACAGCUAUUCAUAGUUUCCACUAUUCCACUAUUCAUAAGUCAUGUUACACAAACCUUACCAUUAAGAGUCUCUACUUUGUGACAGAUGAAAAACUAAAGAAGGAAAACUGUUUAGUUAGUUAAUUAGUUUGGGGAUUGGCCAGUGUUACCUUCAUUUCAAUAAAAUAUGUUUUGUAUGUUUCUAUUAUUUACAGCACAACUACCUUUCUUGACUGAGACUAUUUUUGGAGGUUCAGAGGACAUGUUUACUCUUUCUUCUCUUAUGCAAGCAGUGUUGAUGGUGGAUAGGGAAUUAACACUGAUUCUCAAGGAAUGGAAAGCUUGAACUGGUGUCUGUAAUAGUUUUAACAAAUGGAAUUAUUGAACUAAAUAGGAAAAAUCUUGAGCAUCUCUACCACAAUACCUGAAGAAAAAUUGAAUGUAUGUAAAUAUAGAUUUUCUUUCAUGGGUUUAUGAUGAUCACUGUGUGUUCAAAGUCAGAUGCUUAGGUUAGGAUAGUUUUAAUAGGUUGACUUUGCACAUCAUAAUGCAACAUGGUGGGGAA